AUGGCCGAAGACACAAUCAAGGUGCGGCUCCGCGGAGAAAAGUUCCGACUCUACAAGCGGAAAUGCUGCAACGUCGGCGUGUACGUCAGCGGAAACGAGGUGCGAAUGGGCAAAGGAAAAGGCUCUUUCGAUCAUUGGGCGACGAGGAUGUCUGUGAACCAGGUUCUCUUUGAAGUCAGAGGACGGCUUCACGAGCAGGUCGUCAGAGAUGCUUUUCGCCUGGCUGGAAAUAAGCUGCCAGGCCAAUGGGGCUUUGUGAAGAAAGGUGAUCCUCCAGUCGUGGGCAUCACCAAGCUUGAUGGCAUCACACUGGAGGAGCUCAAGAGGCCAAGGAGACAGGUUGCCCCGGCGGCCCUAAUCGAAGCGUCAUCGCCAACCUCAGUCACCGAAGCGAGAAGCACGUCCGAAGCCUCCCGUUUGCCAUGA